AUGGAUUGUGUUUGCACUGUUCGGAACAAACAAAGUGAAGUGGAGGCGUUUACAAAGAUUUUGGAAACUUUUGAGAGGAUGUCUGGCCAAAGCGUCAACUUGGAAAAAUAUCUUAAUCUGCCCAUCCUGAUUGGUAAGAAGAAGUCAGCUACCUUCAAAAGCAUAUUAGAUCGUGCUGCUAAUAGGAUCAACAACUGGUCAAAGAGACUUUUGUCAAACGGUGGGAAGAAAAUUUUCAUAAAGUCGAUCCUUCAGUCAAUUCCUACAUAUGCUUUCUCAGUUUUCUUUGUCCCUAAUGGCGUCCUAGAGAAGCUUCAGUUCAUGAUUUGUCGUGUGUGGUGGGGGGAAAGAUAA